UACCAACUCAUACUUAUCUAAUGUCGCGACUGUCCCGGUUAUUCGACAAGUCUAAGCAGACUCAACCUGUUACCUCGGGAAACCCAGGCGACCCUGCCUGGACUGAGGUUGGCAAUGCCGCCGAUCACCUUCUAGCAGAGCUUGAAUCUCUCUACUGGACCGGUGUCAAUCAAGAACUGGACUGCAUUGUUUCCACUCUCCGGCAAUGGCAGCAACCCCAGUUCCAGCAUAUCCGCUCCGACGCAGACGACACAAUGGUUAACGGCUUCGACACUUUCAUCACGAAUGUCAUCCCGCCGUCAAAGCUGAUACCUCCGAAGCUACCCUCCCAGGUAUCCACUGGGCUCGACGUCAAAGGGCGCGUUGUGAGGAGCGCACAAGUCCGUGCGAUGGAGCUCGCAGCAGCAAAAACCAGGACGAAGGUGAAUGUCGAUGUACAUGAACGCCUGUUACAACGUCCUGUCGAAACAGAUGCCGCUAAGCGACGAGCGCGGCUUCUCCUCCAAGCAGCUGGAUUCUUGGAUGUCGACAAGACCAUCGAGCAUUCACCAGCAGGAAAUAGGCCCAGCCCUCUCACCCCGCAGCUACGAAUGACCAAGAAAGGGUUCAAGGGGUGUCCGAGGGUCUCAGUCCUCCCUUGCAGUGAAUGCAAGCGCGUCAUCCGGGAGAGUAUGUAUCAAGCGAGUGGCAAGUCCACCCAGACAAUCUGCGAAGAUUGCUACUGGGAGCACCAUUACGGAGACCCUGCGUACAUCAAACAAUACAAGCAUUCCAUUGCGUCUCAGGUAGACGACUACAUCAGUAGGCAUACUUCCUGCCGUUCCUGUGGCAAACAUUCGAAUGAAAUUCGACGACCAUAUGGACUGCAGGGCAAAACAGGGGUGCAUAUGUUGGCCGACGCAAAGUACUUGGGCGUCAAGGGAGCACAGAAAAAAUCAAGUCUUCCAAGUCGACCUACCCCCUUGGCGAAGGUAAUUCACAAUGAUUACAAUAGUCGGUCUGGCAACUACUCUGCCGCUUGGAGCUUUGGCAAGGUGCAUCUGGUCGGGGAGGAGUGGCUGUGCAAGGAUUUUGUGCAGGAGAACCCAUGGAAGAACAUCCGUGUGGCCGUUCGGGUUGGGCCACUGGUGUUUGAGAACGGUAGUAAAGAGAGUCGAAAUGGGGCCGGAAUAUCCCUUCGCGAUCCGAUUUUCGGACAAGCGCAACAAACGGUUAAGCUCACUUGCCUUGCCGUCUGCGGAGAAACGGAAAGGCAGCUAUGGCGCUAUGCCAGCCCUCUUCCCCAGAAGCGGAAACGCUUCCAAGCGGUUCUGAAGCAAGUCGUCGGGACUCCUUUCACCGGUUGGCCGUCAUCGGCGGCAGAGGACGAGAUCAUUACGCUACUGGUGAAAGCAAGCAGUGACAGUGCAGAGGGUAUGCGCCAAGAACUGCACGACAAAGUCAAAGCGUUUCUCAGUCCAUGGGCGUCGGUCUACUUCAAAAGUAUUGUGGGAAGGUUGCUGGACAGCAAGACCAGACUCACAUGGGACGGAUUGACCAAUAACUGCCAGCAAUUCUGUGACUCACUGAUCGACUGGGAAGCUUUUGGACCACUUGUCGCUCCGGCUGCAGUCACUGAUCCCUUCGAACACCCAAGCACCAUCAGCAACGUCCCAUACGGACUGACAGAGGAGUAUAUCCGCCGCUUUCACUUUGGCUGCUCCACCGGCCCCGAUCUGAUCGACUCCCUCCACGAAUACUGGUACGACUGGGCCGGAUUCAACAAACACCUCUAUCCCCAUCAAACGCUCUUCCCGUGGGACUGCACCGAAGCACUCCACCGCUACCCCGUCAAAUGCGGCAGCUGCACCCUCUCCAAACACCUCUGGGCCUUCCCGUUCGACUCCUGGUCAAUCAUCGCGCUGCAUCUAUCCAGAGACAAGUUCGCUCCAAAUCCUACCCACGAAACAUCAUGGAUGCAAAACCGCCUCUCCCUCCUCACAGCGCUGGAUACCCUCUCCGCCGGCGCAACAGCCAUGUCCCAGAGCCUGCACUUCCGGUCCACAACGCAAUGGCUGCACCUUCAAUCCGACCCUUCAACCGAUCGAAUCAAGCUCGGCGGUAUCAACCGCGCACAGCCAUACAGCCACGCGCUGGAACACCGCACCCACGACGACUUUUUCGUCGCAAGGUGGGUUUCGGAUUAUAAUCCUACCAUUCAAACCUACGAAACCAUGCGGGAGAAGCGGUACUUGCCGCGGACGAUCCAGGAACGGCAACUGGUGUUCUGGGGUUCGGAGGGGAGCAACCCGCCCGGGGAGUAUCCGACUUGGGCGGUUGAGUACACCCGUAUUCCGAAUGCGAACUUUUCGCUGUCCGUCAGUUUCAAUACUGGGUGUGGAGCUUGUGGGACGCAGGCGACUGCGGCUGCUUGUGGUGCGAACUGUGGUGCGGGUUGUGGGAGUAGUGAUGGAGGCGGGGCGGGGCUGCGCGGGGGCGGAGGAGGAAGUGGCGGAGGAGGAAGUGGAGGAGGGGAGGAGGGGAGGAAGUGGUGGAGGAGGAGGGGAGGAAGUGGUGGAGGUUGA